AUGGUGUCCGCGGACAACCUCAACUUCGACUGCCUCGAGCUCAUCUUCGCCUACCUCGCGGGGAACGAUCUGGUUGCGGUAUCGCUCGUCAGCAGGUCCUUCCUCUCCGCCGUCACUCCGCGGCUCUACAGGACCUUGACCUUCGGACUCCGUCAGGCCAAGCGCUACCCAUCGAUAAUAUCCCCCUUUGCUGCCAUCAACGCGCACCACCAACUGGCCACCCAUGUCAGACACAUCGACAUUCGCGCCGUGCCUACAGUCAAAUUCUCACCUCAACCAAAAUUUGUGGCAGACUGUAUGCGCGCGAUUGGCCUCUCUCAGAAUCUCGGCUCGUUCACUUGCACUCUCGAGGUCGUGACGAGCUUUUUGCCCUCGCUCAAGGACAAGCCUUCCCUGGAAAGCCUCCGAUGCAUUGCCAAUUUUACCACGGACCAGACCUCCCAAGCCGUCAAGAUCCAAGGCCUUCGUUCACUGACGCUCGACUCGGGAUCGUGGAACGUCGUUGAUGCCCUUCCGGACUGGAGCACCGCGCUCACGCCUUCUCUGACAUCACUGACUUUGACGAACAUGCCUACACUAAGCGUUGAGAUCAUGGAAUCGACGCUCCCCAAUCUCCCUUCGCUGGACUGUCUUCAUAUCCUUGGUUGUCCCAAGAUCGACCAGAGCUCAAUGCUACGCCUCUUGGUCCAUACACCCCAACUCCAGAGUUUGGCAUUCACAAGCUAUGAAUCAGCACGUCAGUUACCCACCACGGUAACACCACUUGUCAACCUACGUCACCUCGCGAUCGAAACGCAGAGUGUGACUACCCCCGGCAGCUCAAGUCCCGCGUUUUGGGUGAUGAUGAUCAACAUGACGAGAACAUGGUCGUGCCCACUGAAGUCCAUCGCGUUCAAGCUUCCCGACAAGAUCGUCUUGGCCGACGUCGUCGUGAACAACCUCGUGUCCUCGCAUCGCGCCACCCUCACGCACCUCGCGUUGCGCAACCUAUCGUUAUCGAGGGAAGGCGCGUUUGAGGUGUUCCGCGAGUGCACGGAGCUAGAGACGAUCAAGCUCAGCCUCCCUAACAAAGAUAUCCAUACAUUCGCGCAAGCUCUCAGCCAUGCGAAACGCGUACAUACCAUCACCGAUAUGGGGGACGUCCAUGGGCCUUCAAGUCAACGUGCACCCAUCCAGAAGACCGAGAUCCGGGCUUUGAUGGCCCAUCAGGACAGUGUAGAGAAGAUCAUCGCAGACGGUCGAACAUGGACGGUAUGA